AAUGGAUUGUGUAGACAGCAUGGCUUCACUGAUUUUUUUUUCAUCACCUUCGCUGUAUUAGAUUUAGCUUAGAAAUGUUGUUACUCAGCAUUAUAUACUACUUGUGUAUCGUUUGAAGAUGGAAAAUGAUUGAAAAAUGGAUUCCUUAGUUCAUUUAUUCAUUCAUUCAUUCUUCAGCCUUAUUCUGGUCAGCAUCGUGGUGGAUCCAGAGACUAUCCCAGGAACACUAGGCGCCAGGUGGGAGAAUUCACACCGGUUUGGACGCCAGCUCCAGGGUCCCAGGUUCAAUCCUGAGUUCACUUUACUGUCCGUGUGGAGUUUCACAUGUUCUCCUCAUGUCAUUAUGGGUUUCCUCUGGCUCUCCGGUUUUCUCCCACCUCCCAAAAACAUGCCGCGGACAUUAUCUCAACAGUUGAAUUUAACUACUCGGGGGAAUUACUAGCUACGGGAGAUAAAGGAGGAAGAGUUGUCAUAUUUCAGCGCGAACAAGAGAGUAAAAACCGCCCUCUCUCAAGAGGAGAGUACAACGUGUACAGCACUUUCCAGAGUCACGAACCUGAAUUUGAUUAUUUGAAAAGUUUAGAAAUUGAGGAAAAAAUCAAUAAAAUCAGAUGGCUACCACAACAGAAUGCCGCUCACUUCCUGCUCUCCACAAACGAUAAAACCAUCAAGCUGUGGAAGAUCAGUGAAAGGGACAAACGAGCAGAAGGCUACAAUCUGAAAGAUGAAGACGGGCGUCUCAGAGAUCCGUUCAGAAUCACGACCCUAAGGGUACCUGUGUUGAUGCCUAUGGACCUGAUGGUGGAGGCGAGCCCACGCAGAAUAUUCGCAAACGCACACACAUAUCACAUCAACUCCAUUUCAGUAAAUAGUGAUCAUGAAACAUACCUUUCUGCAGAUGACCUAAGAAUAAACCUAUGGCACUUAGAAAUCACAGAUAGAAGUUUUAAUAUUGUAGAUAUAAAGCCUGCCAACAUGGAGGAGCUGACAGAGGUGAUCACGGCUGCCGAGUGCCACCCUCACCAGUGCAACGUGUUCGUCUACAGCAGCAGCAAGGGCACCAUUCGCCUGUGUGACAUGCGGGCAGCAGCUCUCUGCGAUAGACAUAGCAAAUUUUUUGAAGAACCCGAAGACCCGAGCAGCCGGUCGUUCUUCUCAGAAAUCAUCUCCUCUAUAUCUGACGUCAAGUUCAGCCACAGCGGCCGAUACAUGAUGACCCGAGACUAUCUCUCUGUGAAAGUGUGGGACCUAAACAUGGAGAACCGGCCAGUAGAGACCUACCAGGUACAUGAAUACCUACGUAGCAAGCUGUGCUCACUGUAUGAGAACGACUGCAUUUUUGACAAGUUCGAGUGCUGCUGGAACGGUUCAGACAGUGCCAUCAUGACGGGCUCGUACAACAACUUCUUCAGAAUGUUCGACAGGAACACGCGGCGUGACAUCACACUGGAGGCGUCGCGCGAGAAUAGCAAACCGCGGGCCAUGCUCAAACCGCGCCGAGUGUGCACUGGUGGCAAGAGGAAGAAGGACGAGAUCAGCGUGGACAGCCUGGACUUCAACAAGAAGAUCCUGCACACGGCUUGGCAUCCUAAAGAGAAUGUCAUAGCCGUGGCCGCCACCAACAAUCUGUAUAUAUUCCAGGACAAAAUAAACUAAUGAGAGUGAGUAUGGGGGAUGGGAAAUGAGUGUGAGAGAGAGAGAGAGAAUCAAAAUAAAUAUCCCUACCUUAUUCCCCCUGGCACAGAACGGAGGACGUGCAAAAAAUCUUGUACUUUCCAUAGUCUAGUUCUUAAAGUCAGUAAGACAAGCUACAGGCUUGUUGCUCCUCCCAGCGCAAGAUUGACCCACUUGUUGAAUUUACACAGGGAGAUUUUACGAACGCCCUCCCAAACCCUACCCACCUUAAAACCAGGAGAAGGCCAACACUCAUCCUCAACACCGCCGAGCAGAAAUAACAAAACACAGAGGCCAAAUCGACUUUUCAGCAGUCACAAGCCUGUUUUUCUUUUUCUUCUAGUCUGAGCCUUCAUUUGUUCUAUUUGUCAACCCAGAUUGUGGAGCACGCCAAGAGGAAAGUGCAUAUCCAUCACAGUCAGAACCGUGCAUAUGUCUCUGUCGCCUGGAAAUCUCCAGAACCAUGACAUUUUUGCUUGUUGAUGUCUGUCAACAUUCCUCCCCCUGGCCUUAAUCACAGGCCUUGGUGUUUUAUCUUUUAAGCACUUAAUACAGGUCUCCCUUUUGGUCAGUGGACAAAUUUUCGGUUCCCUUUUUUUUUUUUUUUUUUUUUUUGGUUAUCUCAUAGUAACAUCUACUCACUGACUGUCUAUAUAUAACUGCACCAUCUGGUGUCAAACCACUUAAUAAAAGUAACAAAACUACAAAGAUACAAAGAGAAAGCGUUUUUUACAUUAUGAGCAGGUAUGUAUGGGGUUUUUAUGUUCUGUGUUUGCAUGUUAUGUGGAUUCGGAGCACCAGUGAUGAAAUGUGAAGUCAUCCUGCUGAUCUCUAGCCAGCUGCUAAAAGAUGAAGGUCCACCUGCACGUCAGUUUUUCUUCAGCCUUGUUCUUCAUUCCUUACUAAUCAGUUGUUCUCUUUCAGUAGAACUUUUAUUGGAAAGUAAAACAACUUUUCUUUGCAGUCAGUAUGUAGUGGGGGGAAACUACCUAACUUGAUGGUGGCAAAAUACUGAUCUCCAGGUGGAAAUGCAUCAGUAAGCAGCUGGUUAGAAAGAGAUAUUCAGUAUAGGACUACUUGAAGCUGCAGUUGCACUGUACAACGAAGGACAUUCGGCCAUUUUAAAUGUCAGUAUUGCUGUUUGCUCUCCGAACGUCCGGCUUUGUCAAAUAUGACUCUAAAUUUUUUUUGUUUUUGUUUUUUUUUAAAGGGACACUGCAGCCUUAAAUCUCUGUAUGACUAUAGAGGGGAAUCCCAUAAUGAUUCUCAAUAGUAACCAUAAAUAUUAAAUGGUAUCAUUAACACCACUCCCUGCCUUUACCCAGAAUAUUCCCCCCCUCCACAAACAUUAAAUCACUCCAUCCUCCUGUAUAUUUGCUGCUACAGUACAUGUGGCUUCGUAUCUGGACACUAAUGAGAACUUCUUAUGAGAAAUAAAUAAAGUAUACUUUCCUGAAUUCGUUCCAUCGAAGCAGAAUCUAGUGCCUCGAAAAAAGAAAAAAAAAAAACUAGCUUUUUCUCCAGUAAGUAAACAAUUUAGUGGCCCAUGUGCUAAUUUGCUGAUCUUGGUAUUCCUGCACAAAUGCGACGUGAGCAAAAUGUAAUAUUUGUGCAUUAAAUCUUUUAGCCAGCUCAUGUCGGGACAUGGGAUUAACUGAGACGAGCUUCACGGUUUGCACGCUGCUCGAAUUUCCCCAGGCGGCGUUAAAACAUGUGAUCGAACAUAAAAACAACUUGACGGUUCAAGUACAAAGUUGUACAGUUGAUUUGUUCCCAAAUUUAUAGUCACAGACGGGUCAAAGGGCAUCCUCUCUCUGGCCUUGUUCCUUGUUAAAUAAUGAUGCUAACAUUGUGGAAGUGUACACUUGUUUGAUUAUUUUUGACCAAAGUUAAAUAAAUUUUAAUUGUGUUUACCUGA